AUGGAAGAGGGGGAGGGGAAGAAAUACUCGUCCAAAUUUGAGAUAAAGGGGAUUUGUAUGACAAGCGAGAAUUGUGAAAAAAUUUGCAAGAUAUGCUUAAAAGCAAUUCGAGAAAAUAAACUUGAAAAAGAUAUAGCAAGUCAAAUAAAAACCAAGUGUGAAAAUGAUGAAAUGUUAAAUAAGGAAAAUUUAACUGAUGAAACAAGUUAUUUAAACCUGAUAGACAAUUUAAAGAAUGAAAACAUUGGAUCGUGGCAAUGCAUUGUUGGGAAAAAUUUUGCAUUUUCUAUAAAUUACCAAUUUAACUGUAUGAUAUAUUUUCAGCAUAAAACCACGAAAUUGACCAUUUUAAUAUACAAAUCGGUGUGA